UUUAUUACACUUUGUUUUGGAUAAAUGCUUAUCACAGACUACUUAGAGAACUACGUUAUGCUUAUUAAAAAAAAUCAAAACAAAUUACAAAACUGAAAAUCUGCAAACAACAUUAAGUUCUCACAACUGUAAUCUAUUUAUGUCUACAUUAAAUUCUUAUGAACGAAAUUUCUUAAAUGUGCAUAUCGGCAAGAUAGGUAUAAUUAAAUAAUUGAUCUGAAAUCGCAUAUAGAAUACGAUAUGGCUACUUGGAAAUUAUGUCGAGCAUGUCUGAUUACAAAGGAAUCAUUCACUUAUAAUUUAUAUGAGAAUGUGUCUCCUGAUAUUUAUAAUUUCUGCACUUCAGUUGAGAUCCGAGAAAAUGAAGACUUGCCGAAAGGUCUAUGUAAUUCAUGUUAUGAACUUCUUGGCAAGUACACAGAAUUCAAACAGACCUGUAUCCAGUCUCAAAGUACAUUACUAAAUUUAGAUCUCAAGAGUAAUUUAAAAAAAGAAAAUAGAACAUUUCAAGAACAAAUAUUUAUAAAUGAAUGUGAUAAAACAAAUAAACAACCUGAAAUUGUCACAGUAAAGGAAGAGGGCUUCUCUGAUUAUAAUGAUGCCAAUGAUUUUUUAGAGACAACUGAUUUUUCAAUAGAUGAUACAGCUAAUGAAAUUAAACUGAAGAAAAGAGAAGUAAAGAAAUUAGUUAAGAUAAAAAAGAAAAACAAGGUGAAAAAACAUUUCAACUUUACAUGUGAGAUGUGCAACAAGAAAUUUAUCUAUUUAGAAAGAUUUGAAGCACACAAACUGGCACAUGAAGGAAAAAUAGUACCAAUUCAUUGCUUACCUUGCAAUAAAACAUUUAUGACGUGGAGUGGAUUGAAAAGGCAUAAUGAAAACGAACACACUCUUGUCAAUCUCGAGUCUUUAAAAUGUAUCACUUGUGGGAAGAUAUUCAAGAAUCGGGAGUCUUUGAAGAUGCACAGGAAGACACACGGGGAGAGGAAAAUGUAUGUUUGCGAUGUAUGCGGCAAAGGAUUUACAACAAAGUUUAUUUUGAGGACGCAUUUAGAAACUCAUAAAGAGAAUAGAGAGAGACAGUACACGUGUGAGCACUGUGGCAAAAAGUUCUACACCAACACAAUACUACUAUCGCACGUGUCUAGACGCCAUACCGGCCGCAGGUUUAUUUGCCAAAUAUGUAACUACCCUUUCACGGACAAAUGCAAUUUGGCCAAACAUUUGCUCAUACACGAUGGAAAGAAAUUGUACAAAUGUGACAUUUGCCUCAAAUCUUACGGUACUCAGUCUUCGUUAAUAGAACACAAGCGGAUACACUCAGGAGAGCGUCCAUUCCUUUGCAGUUAUUGCCCAAAGGGUUUCCUAUCGAAGAGAAGGCUGAACGACCAUCACAGGACCCACACUGGGGAAAGACCACAUAAAUGCACUGUCUGCGAUUUGGGAUUCACACAGAGAGGCACUUUGAAAAGGCAUAUGAAAGUGCAUGACAGAGUUAUGCCUGUGAUUAAUUAA